AUGGCAGCCAUGGAGCUGCAACCGAUCCGCAACGCACCGGCCUCGCCCGGCACCGGCGUUUUACUGGCGCUGCAAAGGGAUGGCGUGCCGGCCGAGGACGCGCCCAAGGUGAAAGAGCUGCAGACGCUGCUGGCCGCCGACAUUGAGAAAUACGGCGACGCCGCGCUCGCGGACGCGACGACGCUGCUGCGCUUUCUCCGGGCGAGGGAGCACGACGUCGCGGCCGCGGCCGGCAUGUGGCGCGCGGCGCACGCGUGGCGCGAGCACCACGUCCGCACGGCGCUGGCCGAGUGCGGCGCCGACGACGCCACGUCGACGGCGGGCUGGCGCUGGCGGCAGCACGCGGACGCGUCGGCUGCAGUGCACAAUCAUCGUCUGCUCGAUGGCGUGGCGACACCCGACUCACCGCUUGAUUUGCGCGCAGGUCGGCCGCGCCCACGCCGCGCGGCAGGCUCGCCCUCGCGCACGGCAUGGGCCUGCGGUUGGACGCCGCCGCGGCCGACGGGAGCCCCGUGCUGUACUGGGCGCUCGGCGAGCUCGACGUGGCAGGCGUCGCGCGCGAGGACCUGGCCGACUGCCUCCUGAUGCGGCAGGUCGCGCACCUCGAGGACGCGCUGCAGGCGUCGCGCGCGAUCUCGCGCGCCGAGAAGCGCCUCGUGCGCUGCCGGCUGAUCAUCGACCUCCGGGGCCUGCGCGUGCUGGCGUUGCUUCCUGUAUAGAAAUCAACCAGUGGGUGGGGUGCGCUCGAGCCGACGCCACAUCGAUGGCGUGGGGGUGGACGCAAUGAUUCCGCAAAGGCGCCGUGAAAUUUGAUUUCUGCACAGGUUGCUCCGCCGGCUGGGCGUCGUCAAGCGCAUCACGGCCGUCGGCAAGACCUACUUCCCGGAGGUGACGGCGUCGGCGACGAUCAGUGUCGAAAUUAUGUCGAGGUAACUGCAUCUGCUCGAUGGCGUGUGGUUGACGAGACACGCGGAUCACACAGGUGACGCUCGUCAACGCGCCCGCGGGCGUCGAGACGCUCUGGCGCGGCGUUUCAGUGUUUCUCAACGCGGCGAUGCGCGCCAAGGUCAGAAUCGUCGGACGCGACUACCGCGAGGCGCUCACCGACCACGCGAAGAUCGACGACUACGAUUUAUUACCUGCGCGGCUCGGCGGCAAGGCGCCGGACCCGCCGCUGCCGCUCCCAGUGCCCACAGGCGCCGGGGCUGGCCUGGAGCCGUUCCUCGUGGACCCUAGUAGCUAACUGUUGUUUAAAACGAAGGCGCUGGCGCCUGGAGCCGUUCCUCGUAGACUGAAGUGUUGUUAAAAACGAACGAACGAAACGACGGCGCCUAGCCCGCCGGCCGCCGCGCCGUCGAGAUGUAGUGCACGUUGUUGCCCCGAAUAAAACAGUCGCCGUACUUGGCCUUGAGCUGCCCAUCCACGUACUCCUCCGUCUGCUCCAUGGCGAUGUUCAUGUAGCCGUCGAGGCAGGCGAGCACGCCCUUGUACGCGACGCCGCUGUUGAGCUUGACGACGACGGGCCGGCCCAGGACGGCCUUCAGGAAGUCGCUGGGCUGGUAUUUUGAGGAAGUGGGCGCGGCGGCGGCUUGGGCGGCCAUUGCUGGAGACGCGCGCGGCGGAGCGCCUGCCCAGCCUCUGGCUGCUGCUGCUGAUGCGAACGACGCGCGGCAGCGAGCGACCACCACUUCUCGUUGGCAGUGAUGUUAGAGUGUUAGUUUGCGCGACCAGUAAUGGCCGUGCACAAGCUCGUAGAGCUAUGCGCGCCGCCGCCCCGGCUUGCCUG